CGUGGGUAAUAAUACUUAUGCUGGUAAGUUGCAGUUAUCCUUUUUCUGGGGAAGAAGGAUAGGAGAUACAGAAGGAAGGAGGACAGACAGUCAUACAUACAGGAGUUUGUCAUGAAGGGCCAUACGCAAGAAACACUUGUGAAACAUCAACAGCACCUACAGAGGCAAAGGGAUGUUGUCGCAUACAGGAUGAAGAAGCUAGCAGCUAAGCAGGUUGACUUUACAAAGAAGACCAAUGCACUGAAGGAGAAGAUUAAGAAGAAGUAUGAGGACAUGAAGAGGGUUCUGGAUGAGGACCUGCGGAUCACGCUGACCCAGCUGGACAUGGAGUAUCAAGCCACAGAGUGCACCAUUGAGGACAGAAUAGAGCGCUGCUACCACCUCAGUCAGGAACUUGACCAGGAGAUAGCCCAGCUCAGCACCCAAAUGGAGAAAGAGCAGACAGAUGACAAGGAUGCGGAAACGGAGAGAAGAAUAGCAGAGACGAUGAAGGCUACAGAUCCAGAAUUGCUUCAGGUGGAUGAAUUUAAGAAUGAACAGCUCUUGAGUUUAACCAUCAACCUCCUGCUUUUCAUCCGGUCCCAGGUCCCUGUCACCAAGAAACUCUUUCAGAGCUAUGCCUCUGACGUUGUCCUUGACCCUACCACUGCCCACCCGAAACUUAUAAUUUCCCCUAAGGGUGACUUGGUAGAGUACACGGACACCUGGCAAGAAGUCCCAGAGAACCCCUCACGCUUCGACACCACCCUCAAUGCCAUCAGCCGACAGGGCUUCCGAGAGGGACGUCACUACUGGGAGGUACAGGUAAGUGGGAAGACCUACUGGGAGAUAGGUCUCACCUACCCAAGCAUCCCACGCAAGGGCCGUGAGGAGGACUGCUGGCUGGGCCGUGGAGACGAGUCUUGGGCAAUGGAGUUCUUUAAUGGGGACUACACAGCAUGGCAUGACAGGGUGGCCCAUGCGCUCCCUGUGGUGGCCGGACAGCACUUCACUCGCAUCGGCAUUUACUCUAGCUUUCCCGGGGGCCUGGUGUGCUUCCUGGGGGCCGACACCAUGACCCCUCUCCACUGUUUCUAUGUCGCCACCUUCACCAAUGUCCUCCACCAGGCUGUGUGCCCCGGGCACGACAAUCAGGGGUCCAACUGGAAGCCCCUUAAGAUUUGCGAUGCCUCACGCUCUGCCCCUACCCUCUGAUGGAGGACAAAUGCAAUGGGUGGAGGGAAUGGGGGUGGUAUAUCACUUUUUUUUGUGUUAUGAACCAUGCACACCAAGUCAGAUUUUUUUUCUGCACACCUGGCCUGACUGUCUGGUGCUGCAAUCUUAUGUCCACUUCCAAUCUAAACAAGUUUGUGUAUGUGUCCAUUUUUUUAAAUAAAAAAUUCACCUGACCUAUAACAGAUCAGGCUGACUAGCCUAUAUUGAAACACCCACCUAAUGUUGAAACAUGUGUUGCUAUACCCUUUGGACUUUGUGUGCAGGUUUUUAGGCAAAGUUUUCAUUUAGCUAAAUUGAUUUAUUGUAAAUUCAGGAUUAGCAUGUGUAUGCAACAUUUGUACGACAAAAAUAACACACUAUUCUUUUUACAAUACAAUUCUUCAUGUUUAAUGCAAUAAAGUAGUGUUUACAUAGUCA